CAGGCAAGCCGCAAUCCAGACCCGUUCUGCCUCCACAGUCGCGGUCGAGGUGCUAGCGGAAAAAUGUGGGUUUUUGGUUACGGGUCCCUGAUCUGGAAGGUGGACUUCCCCUAUCAGGACAAGUUGGUCGGACGCAUCACGGGCUACAGCCGGCGUUUCUGGCAAGGCAGCACAGACCACCGCGGAGUCCCAGGCAAGCCUGGAAGAGUUGUGACUCUUAUUGAAGAUCCUGGGGGUUGUGUAUGGGGUGUUGCUUACAGACUGCCAGCAGGAAAGGAAGAAGAAGUAAAAGCGUACCUUGACUUCAGAGAGAAAGGAGGCUACAGGACCACAACAGUCAUUUUUUAUCCAAAAGAUCCCACUACAAAACCAUUCAAUGUGUUGCUAUAUAUUGGAACACAUGAUAAUCCUAAUUACCUUGGUCCUGCACCUCUGGAAGAUAUUGCUGAACAAAUCUUUAAUGCAGCUGGUCCAAGUGGAAGAAAUACAGAAUAUCUUUUUGAACUUGCAAAUUCUAUUAGGAAUCUUGUGCCAGAAGAUGCAGAUGAGCAUCUUUUCUCUUUGGAAAAAUUAGUAAAAGAACGUUUAGAAGGAAAACAGAACCUCGACUGCUUAUAAAGACCUAAUCAUUGACUUUUCCAGAGAAGCAGAACUUUUAGUCUUCAAGAAUAGUUGCAAUGCACAAUGACAAUAUGAUUUGGAAGCAUAUUUACUUGAAGAUCUUAUUUAUUUUUAAUGUUGUAGUCAAGAUAUCAUCAAAAUUUAUAGUUAAUUUCAAGUGUCCUGAAACACAUAUAUAUUCAAAGUAUAGGGUAUAGUUACAGAAAAAAUUCAAUUUUUAAUAAUAUAAUGACCUCCUAACUGUAUAUUGAACACUUGAUCAUGAGAAGUGAGUUCUGUAGAAAAAUACAAGAAAUUUCACAGCUUGUUUUUGAAUCAGAGUAAAAAUAAUUUUAUUGUUUCAUAUCACAAUACUAUUUUGAAGUUGUAGAGAAUUAAAUCAAAAGUCUAAUAAAUAUAAUAAGGUAUACCUUCAAUAUAUUCCUAUGCAAUAAUUCUGUUACCAUGGUUUAAAAUAUAUAAGCUUAAAAUAGUGUAAUUAGAAAUAUACACUAACUAGAGGCCCGGUGCACAAAAUUCGUGCACUAGGAGGGAGGGGGGUCCCCUCAGCCUGGUCUGCACCCUCUCACAGUCGAGGAGCCCUUGGGGGAUGUCCGACUACAGGCUUAGGCCUGUUUGGACAUCCCUCUCGCAGUCCAGGAGCCCUUGCUCCCGCUCACUGCUCUUUAUUGCUCGGCUCGCUGCUCCUUAGCGCUGCUGCAGAGGCAGGAAAGGCCCCGGCUUGUGGCUGAGCUGCACUCCCCCUGUGGGAGCACACUGACCACCAGGGGAACAGCUCCUGCAUUGAGUAUCUGCCUCCUGGUGGUCAGUGCGCAUCAUAGCAACCAGUCGUUCUGGUCGUUCCACUGUAAUGGUCACUUUGGUUUUUAUUAUAUAGACAUGAUAAGAUUUCAGCUUUGAUUAGAAAUUUCCUUGUUCAGUUAUUAAAUAAUAUCUCUUCCAAUUUAAGCCCCCCAAAAUUAGCAUGUUUAAUAUAAAAAUUUCCUAUACAUCUCCUUUUUUUAAUAAAUGCAUUUUACUACA